AUGGCCAAGGACAAAAAUCGAGAUGCCUCUGCGGCCGACAGCACAAACCUGUCUUCUCCUUACCAGAAAGAUGCUCGAAAUCCUCGAGAAUCCAAUGGCCAACUGCCGAAUUUGACUCCACGGUAUACUGUGAACACGCUUAGUUCGAAUGCAAAGCAAGUGUUGAGCUCACCACUAUCCGAUGGCUCUCCACGCUCAGCCUUCUCCAUGGCGUUGUCGAGUAUUCUUAACAGAGAUGACGGUAAUGUAGCAGAUACCACUGCCUCCGUUAAUGAUGACGAUAGUGGUUCCGUUGAUUCCAACAUCGACAGCCCUGACAAUAUGCCACAUCGGAGACGGAACCGUAAACCCCCGCUGGCAUGUCCAUUUUUUAAACUGAACCCAACUGGCCUUGCGUGCUCUACAGAGCGAUUUACUAUCAUCCCGCGUCUGAAACGUCAUAUUCGCCAGUCCCACGAGGGUCGCAUUCGUUGUCCACGUUGCAAAAAGAGAUUUUGGAGCAGGGACGAUCUACUUACUCAUCUGCGUGCGGCUCAAAUCUGCACUCUCAUACCGGAGACACAACCUGCUGCACCCCUUGACCAGUACGAUCCUACAGAUUAG